UCCCCCUCCCCUCCCCCGGCCUGGCCCGGUCCGCCGCCAUGGCCAACAACAGCCCAGCCGUGGGUGCCGGCAACUGCCAGCAGCAGCAGGCGGCCCAGUACCAGGCCGGCUCCGCCCCGCCUGGGCAGCAGCCGCUACAGAGCGGGGGCCCCAAGCCGGCGGCCUCGGGCAAGCAAGGCAAUGUGCUGCCGCUAUGGGGCAACGAGAAGACCAUGAACCUGAACCCCAUGAUCCUCACCAACAUCCUCUCCUCGCCCUACUUCAAGGUGCAGCUCUACGAGCUCAAGACCUACCACGAGGUGGUCGACGAGAUCUACUUCAAGGUUACACAUGUUGAACCAUGGGAGAAAGGGAGCAGAAAAACAGCAGGCCAGACAGGGAUGUGCGGAGGGGUACGAGGUGUUGGAACUGGAGGAAUAGUGUCUACAGCCUUUUGCCUGCUCUACAAAUUAUUUACUCUGAAACUCACCCGUAAGCAAGUGAUGGGCCUUAUAACUCACACAGACUCUCCGUACAUUAGGGCUCUUGGAUUUAUGUAUAUCAGGUACACACAGCCACCUACAGAUUUAUGGGACUGGUUUGAAUCCUUUCUUGAUGAUGAAGAGGACCUGGAUGUGAAGGCAGGUGGGGGUUGUGUUAUGACCAUUGGGGAGAUGCUUCGUUCCUUUCUUACUAAGCUUGAAUGGUUUUCCACGUUGUUUCCAAGAAUUCCUGUGCCAGUCCAGAAAGCCAUUGAUCAACAGAUUAAAAGCAGACCUAGAAAAAUCAAGAAGGAUGGCAAGGAAGGAAUGGAGGAAAUAGAUCGACACACAGAACGUAGACGUUCAAGGUCUCCGAGAAGGUCUCUGAGCCCCAGAAGGUCCCCGAGAAGAUCCAGAAGCAGAAGUCGUCAUCGUGAAAGCCACGGAUCAUCUAGUUUUGAUAGAGAGUUAGAAAGAGAGAGAGAACGACAGAGACUAGAACGGGAAGCUAAAGAGAGGGAGAAAGAAAGACGCAGAUCUCGAAGUGCUGAUCGUCCAUUAGAAAGGAGGCGAAGCAGAAGCAGGGAGAGGCACAGAAGCCGUAGUCGAAGCCGUGAUAGAAAGGGAGAUAGAAGAGACAGGGACAGAGAGCGGGAGAAAGAGAAUGAACGAAGCAGGAAGAAAGAUCGAGACUAUGAUAAGGAAAAGGGUACCGAGAGGGACAAGGAGAGAGAUCGAUCUCGGGAACGGUCAAAGGAAAGGAGGAGCAAGGGUGAAGUAGAGGAGAAAAGGCACAAGGAUGACAAAGAUGAAAAAAAGCACAGGGAAGACAAGAGAGAUUCCAAAAAGGAGAGAAAGCAUAGUAGAAGUCGAAGCAGGGAGAGAAAGCAUAGAAGUAGGAGUAGAAGUAAGAAUACAGGUAAGCACAGUAGAAGCAGGAGCAAAGAGAAAUCAAGCAAACAUAAAAAUGAAAGUAAAGAGAAAUCAAAUAAACGAAGUAGAAGUGGAAGCAGAGGAAGAACAGAUAGUGUUGAAAAAUCCAGAAAACGAGACCACAGUCCCAGCAAAGAGAGAUCCCGAAAGCGUAGUAGGAGCAAAGAACGAUCCCAUAAACAUGACCACAGUGAUAGCAAGGACCAUUCAGAUAAACAUGAUCGUCGAAGGAGCCAAAGUACAGAACGAGAGAGCCAAGAAAAGCAACCUAAAAACAAAGAUGAGACUGUGUGAACUCUUUCAUAAGUGGAUCACAUUGAAUCCUAUAAAUGUUUGAAUAAAUCCUGCUUAUUUUUUUCUUAAAGUUGAGAUUGUGCAGUAGUUGAGCACUCUUCUUCAACCUCCCUCUAGGCUGCAGAUUGUCAUUUCCUAUUUUGGGUAGGGAAGUGCCUUUGUAAACCCAUUUAAUGCAUUGACGGUUUCAAACCAUUUGUUUAGUUUAAUUCAUAAUGCAAAGAUUGUUCUUGCAUUUUUAUUGUUCAAAUGUUUCUGAAAUGUACAGUCUGUACAUAUGUCCUGAAAAUGUUUUAAUUCCUUUGGCAUGGUUGCCAUGCUAGUAAAAUUUGUAUAAGGCAAUAAACUGCCACUCAUUCUA